CGGAGAAUUGAAACAUACACACAUGAAAGUGCUUAAACAUGCAGCUCAAAGAAAAGAAUUGGAAAGGCCAUUACCUGAAUUAUUGGCAGUUAUGUGUAUGUGCAAUAAGGCCCAUUUCGAACGUACUCGACGUUCUAUGCGCCGUGUUUGUACACAAAUGGCUUUAGAAAAAGAAUUGAGAGAACAAAAAAUUGUUGCUCGCCAAACUAAAACAUUUCGUGUUGUAGACCAAACUGGACAUGAAUCUGUUCGGGUACCUUCAACAAACGAUCUUUGUAAAAUGGAGGCAACUCUAACGGGCGAGGGAAUGGAAGAGGACCCAGAAAGGUGGCCAAAGGCUCGAAAACGUACAAAUGAUUUGAUUGGCUCGCCUUCUGAGGUUGCGUUGCUUCGUUAUGUGGAAAUGGUUGCUAGUGUGGAAGGAAUUCGAAAUAGAUAUAAGUUAAUGUUGGAAAUUCCAUUCAAUUCUGUUAGGAGAUGGCAAUUAGUUGUGGUUAAAUGUCUUGUUAGUACUUUAAGUAGCGGAGUGAGUGCUGGAACGCCUGAAAAGAGACCUCAAUUCAGUCGUUUCUUGACUCCAUCACCAACUACAGAACAUUCGGAAACAUCAGAAAAUGGGGAGAAUAAAAGCCAGCAUUCUCCACCCUCACAAAGUGCGGAAACUGAUUUUUCAGUUAUGAUUAAAGGAGCGCCUGAAGUGAUAUUGAGCCUUUGUUCCGAUGUUUUAAUGGCAAACGAACUCAAACCAAUUGAUGAACAAUUUCGACAUGAUUGCCAAGCUGCUUGGGAUCAUUUUGGUUCGGAAGGUCGUCGAGUUUUUGCUUUUGCUCAUCGUCAAUUUAGAGCUCCAGGGAAUACAAAGUUUUCUGCACAGUCGGAGAACUAUCCCAAAAAUGGCCUGACAUUUCUUGGAAUGGCUGCAAUGAUGGAUCCACCAAGAAACGAAACGGCCGCCGCAAUUCAACAAUGCAAAGAUGCCGGCAUUAAAGUUUUUAUGAUUACUGGCGAUCAUCCAAGUGCAGCUAGUGCAAUUGCUUCUCAAAUUGGGUUAACAACGACUAAAAAUGAGGUUAGGUCCCGAGGUAAUCAACAAAUAAAAUUAAGUCUCGAUCCGAGUCCCCAAAUUGACUGGGCAAUUGUUCUAGGCGAAUCACUGGCUGAAAUGAGCGUGGAAGAAUGGGAUCGAUUAUUAACCCACAAAUAUAUUGUUUUUGCGAGAACAACACCUGAACAAAAACUUUUAAUUGUGGAACAAUGCCAAAAGCGAGGAGAGACAGUUGCCGUUACUGGUGGAGGUGUUAAUGAUGCCCCUGCGCUGGCAAAGGCAAAUAUAGGAAUAGCUAUGGGUGUUAAUGGAAGUGAUAUUGCUAGAAGAGCUGCGGACAUAGUUUUAACAGACGACAAUUUUGCUUCGAUUGUGAAGGGCAUUGAAGAGGGCCGAUUGUUAUUUGACAAUUUAAGACUUUCUAUUGCCUAUACAUUGGCUCACCUUUGGCCUGAAGUUUGUCCAAUCAUUUUGAACUUUACUUUGGGAAUGCCUUUAGGAUUAGAACCGCUGCAGGCAAUAAACAAUAAAUGUUUUGUUUUUAGUAAUUUUUUAAUUUUCAAGAUUUUAAGUAUUGAUUUGGCUAGUGAACUUCCCCCGGCUAUUUCUUUGGCUUAUGAAAGUCCUGAAAGGGAUAUUAUGAAAGUUCCUCCUCGCAAUCGAAAUACAGAAUUAGUUUCGAGUAGAUUAUUGUUGUAUUCAUACCUUUUCUCUGGUACUUUUAUAACAAUUGGGUGUGUUGCUUCUUAUUUGAGUGUUUAUUGGUACAACAAAAUAUCACCUCUCAACUUGCUUUACACUUCAGAACGCUAUUGGCAUUAUGAGUCGGCCAAUCUAACAAUAAUCGGUCCAAAUUCUAAAGAAAUAUCAUUCGAUAAUUUAGAACAAAUUAGAAUUAGGAGACAAGCCGCAGCUGCAUGGCAAAUUACGUUGGUUAUGUCUCAAGUAUUCCAUCUUUACAUGUGCACAACUAGAAGAAUUUCCAUUUUUCAACAUGGCAUUACCAAUUUAGUCAGCAUUUUUGCAGUCAUUAUUGAAAUAUUAUUGCUCAAUUUAUUUGUAUACACGCCAGCAUUUCAAUAUUUAAUGGAUAUACAAUCCCCACCUUUGUUUGUAUGGCUGUUUGCACCAAUUGUUGGUCUCUACCUUCUAGUUUUUAAUGAAACGCGUAAAUAUUUUAUCAGGAAUCAUCCAAGAAAUAGAAUUGUUAAUUUACUCAAAUUUUAG